AUGUCUGCCAUUACCAUCCAGAAGGGCCCCAUCCAAUUGGCCGGCCUCCUCCACAAGCCAACCACAUCCUCUAGAUCUCCAGCUCUUGUCAUCGUCCACCCCGGUGGUGGUGUCAAGGAGCAGACUGCAGGCCUUUACGCGAAGAAGAUCGCCCAAAAUGGCUUCGUGACUGUCUGCUACGACGCGUCCCACCAGGGCGAAAGUGGCGGUGAGCCCCACUUCCUCGAGGAUCCCUCGCAACGUGUUAGCGACGUCUUCAGUGUCGUCGACUACCUCGAAAAACUCGACUUCGUCGACCCUGAUAGAAUCGCCAUCGUCGGUAUAUGUGCAGGAGGUGGAUAUGCGGCCGCGGCCGCUAAGGCAGACCACCGCCUGAAGGCCCUUGCCACGGUCAGUAUGGUCAACAUUGGCGACUCGGCACGUCUGGGCUGGGAUGCCGACGAAGACCCGAAACAAAAGAUUGGCGCGUUCGACAUGGCAUCUGAGCAAAUCACCGCCGAAAACAACGGAGCCGAGCCUGCAGCCGCACCCUAUGUGCCUCCCCAGCUGGACGACAAGACUCCCGCUGAUAUGAAGGAGGCUCACGAUUACUACCUCACCCCGAGAGCUCAGCACCCUCGUGCUUGCAACAAAAUGUUGCUUCGGAGUUUUCCACUCGUGCUGAACUUCGAUGCUUUUCACCUCGCGGAUCUUUAUCUGACACAGCCCACUUUGCUCAUCGCGGGUGAGAAGGCAGGCUCUUUGUGGCACACUGAGAAGCUCGAUAAGCUACUUGGAGGUGCUACGAAGAAGCUGAUUGUUCCUAAUGGAACACAUAUGGACUUUUAUGAUCGCGAAAAGUAUGUUGAUCUGGCUGUCAAGAACAUUUCUGAGUUCAUGAACGAGAACCUGUAA